AUGUACGGGGCAGUAUUAACAUCACUUCAUUUACGAAAAGCAAAAUUAAUGUUUUUCUAUACACGUUAUCCAAAUUCGGCUGUAUUGAAAGUUUAUUUUCCUGAUGUUCGUUUUAAUAAAUUAAUAACAGCACAAUUAGUUAAAUGGUUUUCAAACUUUCGAGAAUUUUUUUAUCAACAGAUUGAAAAAUAUGCUCGACAAUGUUUAGCUGAAGGUAUUCGUAAUACAGAUGAUUUAAUUGUAACACCUAAUUGUGAACUUUAUCGAAUUCUUAAUCUUCAUUAUAAUCGUUCAAAUCAAAUAAAUGUACCAAUUAGUUUUAGUAAAGCUGCUCAAGCAGCAUUAAAAGAAUUUUUUCUUGCAAUACAACAACAAAAAGAUCUUGAAUCGUCAUGGAAAAAAAGUAUCUAUAAAGUUAUGCAACGCUUCGAAGAUCAAAUACCAGACUUUUUUAAAAAUGAUCAUUGGAUGCAUUCCAUUUGA